GCGUGAUCUAAUAAUCGAUCAACAACGGCGGCCACGGUUCGGGCAGAGGGAUCGAGGAAAAUUGGAAGAGCGGAGACUUUCGGCCGAGUUUUCCUCCAAGGAUCGCGAGCCAAGGGAUUCGAAAGAUCUAAGUACGCUUCGACUUGCUUCGAUCUCGAUAGCGGAGAAGCGUCCGGAGACAAUUGGUUCGGUUUGGAAGUAGAGAAUAGCGGAAAAAGGAUGGAGUGCAACCAUGUUUCCGAAAGGAUUUAGAAAGGCGAAAAGGGUCACGAAUGUGGCUGGAAAGAGCGGAUGGCUGUAAAAGAGUGAACGUGCAGCUGAAACCCGCUGGCUUGGUUUUCAGGAAUUCCGCUCUUGCCGGUGACAACGAAAAGAGCUCGUCGAUCGACUUUGCCGGGCACGUGUGUGCGUGGGCGUGAUGAUAUUUGAACUCUCGAAGCCGUCAAAAGCCGGGCCCUUUAGCGGCCUGCUCUUUUGUUCCGAGCGCACGUAUUCGCGACAGGCAUCUGGCAUUUAAUGGAGAUGAUCGUAGUUUUCCUUUGUCACCGAAUGGAUGCGUUUAUUUAAUAUCCAACACCGUCCAAAAGGCCACGUGUCUCGACUACCGUAUUAUUCCUCCAUUUUACCAUCCAUUCUACCACCAGUUUGUGUUUACUUUUUUCAUCUUCAAACGUUCCACGCGAGUCAUAAUUUUUCCAAGAACUGAUGACACAUGCUGUGCGUGUUUACGUGUUUCGCUCGUUGUUCGUUCGCUAAGGAUUUUCAAGGAGCAAUCGGGAGAAGAAGAAGUUUUGUGUUUAUCAAAGUCGCGUCCCGAAUCAUCGUGCGUGUGAACAUUAUCGAAGAAAUUUAUUCUCCAAGUGAUUUUCUUUCUCUCUCUCUUUCUCUUUUUCUCUUCUCGUUAAACGCAAGUUAAUGGACUGUUUCUUGGACGGAAAUCGAACGAUUCUCGAGUGGUGGUGGAGAGGGAGGAGGGGGUUGUAUAUCGUAUCGGAACAAAGCGAAUGCACGAUGCAUAUGCACAAGGGAUUUUGCGUUGCCAGCUUGCAGACCGAUGAUUAGAGGUGGGAAUAUACCGAUACCAAGAUAUAUGGCUUCCUUUCGCGAACUACUUUCCUUGAUUCGUUCUGUGUACAUUGUUCCCAUUCAACGAUACACAAAUCUUGCAUACACACACGGGCGAACGCGUGUAAUUUUUUUCUUUCCCUCUUUCUUUUUCCUCUUUUAUUUCCUCUUUCUUUCUUUCUUUCUUUCUUUCUUCAUUAUUAUACUUUUCUUUUUUUUAAUUAGAUCCCGUUUCGAUCAAUGCGAGCGACAAAUAAACCAAGUCGAUUUAUUAACCGUACUCGCGAACGUAAAAUGCGUAGCAUAAUUGGCGCAUAAAUAGAACGGGGAACGCAGGUGACAGUUGGUGUUUCGCCAUUGUCGGUUGAUUUUUUUAAUCUCGUCGAGCCGAAUGAACGCGAGAACGCGUAUUACACGGGAAAAAAUUUUUAAUUAACAUCCGACUUUUCAAACACGCUCCUCCACGUUCGAAUCGAAAAAAAUAUUAACGAUCCACGGUUAUGAUCAAUUUAAAUGGCCAUGUAUGUAUAUGUAUAUAUAUAUAUAUUUUCAUGGAACACGCGGAUGAUUUGUACCGCGAUCUAAAUACGUGAUUUGCGCGUGAAUUGUCGACAGAACCGGUUCAUUCCGUUCCUCUGUCUUUUUUCCGAUCGACACCUCUUUUUUUUCCAGCUUCUAUCGCGCGUAAAAUCAUCGGGAAGCAAAACGUGUCGAAAAAGUGUCUCUCCGGAUUAGAUUCUCUGACGACGAUUUCUUCUGAUACGCGCGUUUUUUGUUGAACUUUUCCACGAGAAAAUUAUUCCUUGGACUAUUAUUAACAGUUUAAUACCGCACGUUCGUCCGAUAUAAGUUCACUUUAGUGUCGAUAGAUCCUGGAAACUUGGUUCGAUCGCGCUGGUAUCGAAUCGUGUGCACGUGUGAUCUUUCGCGAAUAAAUUUCGGGCAUCGGAUGAUCGAAUACCGGUUCUAUCGGUGCGCCGGUUCUUCGAUUUAACUUACAUCGCCUUAUACAACGACGCUUUAGUGGGGAAGUUUAACAAGUCCGCUCCGUCGACGUUCCGCCCGAGGAGAUUCAACCGGGCCCCCUAAACUUCGAUAAUUGGCCGGGUUACUAUGCAUUCAGUGGAAUUGCAUCAACCGCUUUGAAGCUCUCUUUGCAAAGAAACCGAAACGAAUCGUUUCUUUGUAUCCCCUUAAUUCUUGGCGGAUCGAGGAAAUUCGUAGAGGGAGGAGGAGCCUUUUUUCUCGGCGGUGGAGUUGGGAGAGGGGACAGAGGCGGAAAAAGAGAGAAGAGAGUGAUGAAUUGUUGGAUCAGCGACGUGUUAACGUGGACCGUUCGGUGUCGCGAUACCUUCUAAAAAAAAAAAAAAAAAAAAAUCUUGAAAACGGAUAUUGCAGAGAGUCGAAGCGACGAUGGCGCGCGUGAUGAGUGACGGGCGUUCGAGAUCGAAUUCGUUAACGGGGCAUCGAUGAGGCAAGAACGAGUGACGAAGUGACGAAUCGGUUAAAUAUUCCUCCGACUCGGUUUCGGCGCACGAGAGGAGGAGGAGGAGGACGUACGAGUUUGGCGAGUUUCACGAUGCGCGUGAAAAGUUGACGAAACCAUGUGACGCGAGUAAAACUGGGGAUAUCACGGUGCGACAGCAUAGUUGCACUGAUGCUGGAUUGUGACGACGGUUUUCAUGGUGGUCGCCGCUCCAGUGCUUCUUUCGCCGUUCCGGAUGACAGCCGGAUGUUUUGAACAAGUGACAGUGUUACCACACCCCGACAGUUAAACUGGAAAAGGACCAGUGGAUCGGAGUCACUUCGGUGCUUCGGUGAGGAUUACUGAGUUACUGAUAGAAAUCAGUAGUGAUGCCGUGAUGGGCUGCAGCUCGGGAUCCUUCUUCCUGGCUACGCUCCUCGUGGGUGGAUUAAUCUUCGUCCUCAUCUGCGAAUCAUCCCACGCAAGUACGAGGUUGCGACAACGGUCCGGUCCUACCGACACGCCAAGAAGCGGAGGCUCGGUGAACGAGGCCGGUGUUUUCACCCUUCGUAGCAGGCAGGAGGGUGGACGGCGUGCUAGAAGAACCACGACGAGCACCACCAGCACAACGGCGUCCAGCUCGACGUUGAUUUCUCUGUCGGACGAGGUGGCGCAGCCCGCGGCCCUUUUAGCCCCCGAAGAGGACUUAUGGUCUACCAGUUCUUCCGCUACAACCAAUGUUCCAGUCACCUUAGAUACAGCUGCCGCUUCGUCAAAGCCACCCUCGGAAAUGGUGGUGAAACCUCACAGCAAGGUCAUACUACCGUGCGACCUGGAGGAAAAUUACUCGAGGCUGCUGUUGCCCGGGGUCAGGAGCUACAGAAUACGGCCAGCGACAUGGUUGCACGAGGGAAGUCCUGUAGAUAUGAUUACGAUCAACACGAAGACGGAGAUGAGCGGGACCGGACAUAGAUAUAUCGGCGACUCCAUGACUGACGCGUUGCACAUAGACAACGUGAGAUUAGAGGACGACGGUAUAUGGGGUUGCAGGCUCGAGGACGAUCAAGGGAAGAUACUUUCCGGCAGGCCUGUGAAACUCGUCGUCCUCGAGGCACCCCGUGGGACGUACCUGCUGAUAGAUGGCCGUCGACUGGACCCCGGCAACCAGUUCGUCCCUGUGAAGGAGGGGUCCGAAUUGACGUUGGAGUGCGCCGCCGAGGGUGGGAACCCGCCACCCGAUUUGGCAUGGGGGAUGACUCUGUCUCAGGCCACUUUGGACGGUCCCGAGCAACCGCCGGACAAUCUGACCGUGUUGCCCUCGACAUCCGGUAGACGCAGCGGGGCACACCUCAAGGUUCUCAGGGGUCACCACAACGCGACCAUCGCCUGCGUCGCCCGCCACAUUACCCUCACCAUACCCAUGAACGCGAGCAUUCUGUUGGACGUGCAAUAUACUCCAUCGUUCGCGAUAACGCGUUUACCUGGUUUUGGAAUCCCGAUCGUCGAGGGGAUGUCCGUCAGCUUGAAAUGCGAGGUGGACAGCAAUCCGGCCAGCACGCCCAUUUGGCAGCGUGACAAUGGACCGCCCGUCGAGCAGAGCGACGACGGAUGGCUCAACUUCACAAAAAUCAGCCGCGCCGAGAGCGGCUGGUACAAAUGUUACACCAGGCACAUGCUCGGCAUAUUCACCAGCAUCGGUUAUUUUCUCAACGUGCGCUACGAUCCAGACAUGGAAACGGAAGCGGAAGCGUUGAACGGCGAGGCAACCGAUUCCCGGAAGAUGGAAGUUCAAAUCGGGGGUGCGGUGACCCUGGAGUGCGACGGUGGUUGUUGGGGACACGGUCCUGGAAUGGAUCCAGUUGGUGGUCCCGGUCCACUGGCUUUGAGUCGAGUCGUUUACCAGGAAGCCGGCGAAUAUCGAUGCGUCGCGCCCGACAGGAAAAUGCAAGACACCUGGCGCGCCCAAUUGCCGUAUCACAUCAAGAUCACCGGUCGACCCAUGAUUCAUCCACCUAAUCAAACAGUGACAGCGAAGGAGGGUGAAUCGUUGAAUAUUGUCGUUGAAUUUUGCGCCGAGCCGAGAUACACCAAGAUACUUUGGAUAUCCGAGGAAAACGUUUAUGUGCCUGGUGCGGAGGCCAGGGAUGGUGUUCAAGCGCUUGCUAUUGAGGAUGGUGGCACGGAGUCCUGUUACAGAACGGUGCUGAGCUUCGACACGAUUCAAUGGUCUCAUGCCGGGGAAUGGUGGGUGUUGGUACGCUCGUCGGAAGGGAUCUCGGACGCUUCCGUUUUGUUGAACGUGACGCGGGCCUCCGAGUACAGUCACGCUCACUUCCGGUCAGCGAGUCUCACUUACCUAUCGAUGUGUUUGGCCCUGGUCAUCCUGCAGGAGCAUCGUCGCUGAGGGAUCGUGGCGAGACGACGUCGAAAAUGUUGCUUUGUGAAGAGCCAAAGGGAGCCAAAGGAUCGAACUUGAGAAGUCAGCUUCCCUGUUCAAUGGAUGAGAGAAGUAAAAGGGGGGAAGGAAGUCAGAGUUCCGUCAGUGUUUCCGCGACGAUUGUAAAUAUAAAAUAUAUAAAUUACAGAAAAAGGAGGGGGGGAAAGGAAAGAAGAAAAAAGGGACGCGAACGGAGAAAGGAAGGAUAAUCGUUUCGGUAAGGAUGUAAAAGAAUGUUCCGUGUUCUUGACGCGAGGCGAAACUCGAUGACGAUGCAACGAGAAAACCCUGUUUAUUAUGUAUCGAAAAGGGUGAGCGCGCUUAAACGAGAAGAAAGCCUUUUUAUCGACGCUGUCGUUGUCGAUGAACGAUGCAGAGCUUCCGGCGACGACGAUAAUCCGGCCUCGACGUUCCUUAAUCAUGAAUCUCGUUGCUAGAUUCUCAUUCUUUCUUUUCCUUUCUCUCUUUCUCUCUCUCUCUCUCUCUUUCCACUUUUCCAUUUCGUAUUUUUCGUUUCGAUAUUCUUGACAUAGGAUUUUCUAGAAGAUAAAUGACUGGUAGGAUAGAUGGAUCGAAUCGUAACGAGGAUUGUUUAUUGUAGAUUUAUUUCCCCUUUCUUUUUUUCCCUCUUUCUCCUCUCCUUUUUUAUUAUUGGAAAGAGAUAAAAGGAAAAGAAAAACGAGACUUCGAAAUCCACGACUGCGAUAAUACAACUAAUUUUCUCUCUUUCCUUAAACGAGAGAAAUUCGAAAUUAUCCGAAGGAUCGUCGGAUGAUACCGAUUAUCGCGUGUAGAAGAAAACUUUGUAAAUCAUUACGAGAUUUUUGAUUGCGAAAACCCGUUUCUCGAUUAGAUGAAAAAAAAGCUUGAUAAAAGGAAAAAAAAGAAAAGAAAAAAGGAAUAUCGGAAUACGGAUGUUACGCGUAACGAAGGCACGUGUAAAUAUUUGUAUAAAUAGUUUAUUUGUUAAGGAGAUCGAAUGCGGCAUGCGAAAAUGGAAGAGAGAGGGGAAAAAAAAUAAGAAUUUAAAAAAAGCACAUGUACACGCGUUGAAUAAGAGACCAAUUUUUACAUUCGGAUUCGCAGAGAACGUCGAUGGCUGAAUAUCGAACCGAACAAGUCGAGUGGUAAACGAAGACUGUUCGUCCCGUGUAAUUGUUAUAGAAUGUAAACACGAACCAAAGAGAAUAAUACGGCGAGUAACGAGACAAAAGGAAGGCAAAUAUGGGGAUUAACUGGAGGUUACGUGUACGUGAUUGAGAGAACGAAAUAACGAAAUAAAAUUAAAUACGCAAGAAAUGAUACAAAAAAGAUAUUCCGUAAGAAAAAAAACUAGAUACAUUAAGGGAAAAACGGUACAUUGUUGUAUAUUAUUUUAGGUAAGUAGCAUUAUAAAAAACAAAAAAAAAAAGAAGGAAAAAAAAUAGCGUGUAUAUAGUGAUUGUAAAUGCAUAGGCUAUCGAUACACCGAGGGCUAUGCAUGAACGAAUUAUACAGUGACGCUGUUAGAGAUAUAUUUAUUAUUCGUUGAUAUAUUUUUAUAAAGUUUUAUUUAGCCAUAAGUUCUCGUUCGCCUUCCCCCUGGAUGUCGUGUGCCGAUCGAUGGUUAGUUUUUCAAUUGAGAGUGGCCGUGAAAAAUGUGUGACGAUAAUAACGACGACGAUGAUGACGAUGAUUUUGAUUCGGACGAGAAUUAUUCCAACGAGGAUAUAUAUAUAUAUUAUAUUAACGACGAAUAAAAAUUAACGAAAUUUCUCCUUAUCCCGAACGAACGCCCUGAAUUUAAACUGUUUUUGACUUGUAUUACGACAGAGAGAAAAAAAAAAGAAUAAGAAAGGAAAAAAUUGAGGGGACAAAAGAAAAGAAAGAAAGAAAAAAAAUGAACAUAAUCUAACAUCGUUGUUCUUCGUGAUUAUUCGUUUUUUCAUCUCUCCGCGAUUGCUAGAUAAGAAAUUUGAAUAGUAAUCUCGUUUCGAUCGUUUCCAGUUCCUCCGAAAGAAAACAAGAAGAAACACAAAGAAGGAAGGAAGAAGGAAAAAAGAAAAAAACAAAAUGAUGUUGUUGCGUACAAUUUUUGUAAGCGCAGUGGUUCCUAAUUUUUGUCAAUGCAUGCCGGCUACGAUGCGUUUAGCUUCGUUCAUCCGUUCACGCCUAAUCCGCACAGAAGUCGGCAUUAUUACAUUUUAUAUAGAAGCGAGAACGAAAAAUUAUCCGAUGUUCAACCCAAUCUCUUCAUUUCUGAAUUCUUUUUUUUUUUUUUGCCCAGACGAAACAUGAAAAUCAUCACCCUAUAGUUCAUUUUUUCAUUUUCUUUUUUAUCCAAUUGCUUAGGUGUUAUAAAUAAGCAACGUGAUGUAAUCGUUGUAUCCCAUGACGCCUAAAAGUCCAAUAAAUGAUAUUUACAAUA